CUAUAACACAAACAGUUACGAAUUAAAAUGUAUUUUAAAUGCUCAAAAUUCGCCAUUUAAUCCCUGGUUGGAGGAUACGAGCGGUGCAUUGUGGGAAAGUGUAUAACGUCACAGUCUGGCGACGCCGUGGGGGGAGGGCUGUCAACUUAGUUUUAUUUUGUUUGUUUAUAUUAUAAUUAAGUCAACGUUAUUGAUUUGUGUGUCCUGCUUCGUCUAGAUACAUUUUCUAACCGAACACUUUAGAACAUCCUUAUACAUUCAGGCCCAUGUAUGGCAGAGGGGCGGUGUCGGUGGGCAGGGCCUUUGAUGCCCGUCAGAAGAUUGGCACCAGUGAUGUCAGACAGCGACUAGGAGUGGGAGGAGCCACUGCAGGGUUUCUGUUGAAGGACGCAAGAGAGAAACUGGGACAGAAAGAUGCGCGCUCCCGCAUCCGUGGCCGAGGAGGGGCUACCAGUGCGGUGCAGGACGCGCGGCAGAUGUUAAACUCGCGUAAACAACAGCAGACACCUCUUACCGCAGUACAGUCUCAGCCCGCCAAGCCCACCGCUGCAGGAAUACCACACAUCCAUAUCCAAAAUACCGCUCCAAUCACCACUGCCGCCAGGAACUUUCCCACCAAUCAGGGCCUGAGCUCCAGAGUCGGCGUGGCCUUGCAGCCAGGAGGCGGGAUUUCAAAAGUAGUGGAUGCACGCGAUAGGUUGAGUUUGAAGAGAAGCGCCCCGUCAACAACCAAUCAGAAAGCAGCACUUCUGAAGAUAACCAAAACCAUUCAGCAGCAGAGGCCGGUGGGAAUGACCAGCGGGAUAAGAAUCAAUGUUCCUUCUAGAGCGUCUCAGGAGGAGGAGGAGGAGGAGGAGGAGGAUGAUGCUGUGAUGCCCAGCAAACAGAUGAAGAUCACUACAGCCAAAAACCUGCAGACACGAAUGGGGUCAGGCUCUCUCUCGGCUCCGUUCACUAAGGUGGUGAAGAACGACUCUUACACACCAGCUUCAGUCUCUGUUCCGCCCUCUCGUCCAGCUGCCCGCCCCCCCACACAGACCCUGCAGCCCGUCUCCAGGACCACCGUUACUAAACAACCCAUCGCUGGAGACCCCAAUGCUCACACACCUGCUGCACAGCCUGUCUGUAGUCCACUGGAGGGCACAAAGAUCACAGUGAAUAACCUUCAUCCCCGUGUCACAGAGGAGGACAUAGUGGAGUUAUUCUGUGUGUGCGGCGCUCUGAAACGUGCACGGAUGGUGAAAGUGGGUGUGGCCGAGGUUGUGUUUGUGCGUAAAGAGGAUGCUGUCAGCGCGUACAGGAAGUACAACAACCGCUGUCUGGACGGUCAACCGAUGAAGUGUAACCUGCACAUUCAGGGAAACAUCAUCACAUCAGAGCAGCCCAUUUUACUGAGGUUGAGCGAUACUCCGGGUGCUGAGGGCUCAGGACAGAAGGAGGGCUCGUCUCGCUCCGGGUCCAGAACCUCAUCCACCCCAGAUGUGGAUCCACAGACCAUCCUGAAGGCUCUGUUUAAAUCAUCCAGUCAGCAGCCCAACCCCAGUGAGACGCCCGGAUCCACGGCCUUCCGCAUCAAGAUUUAACACACACACACACACACACACACACAGAAGAGGAUGGCUGCUUGGAUUGUGUCUGUUUUUAUUGUUGGGUUUUGAUGAUUUACUGGUUCAUAUGAAACACUUUGUUGUGUUUGAUGUUUUUAAUACUCUGUCAUAGAUCAGUAUGUGUAAUAAUACUGGAUCAGGUCUGUGCUGGACUUGUGUCUCUCUGUUGCUCUCUUUCUCAUUUGUGACUUUAUUCUCUAGAUAUUCUCCAGUAAAGAUCUCACU